AUGCAGCCAAUACAGCCUGCUCAGCGACUACCUGUUCAGCAGCCGCCCCCCGUCAAGAUAUACAAUGCCGUCUACUCCUCCGUUCAGGUCUACGAAUGCAUGGUCCGCGGUAUCGCUGUCAUGCGCAGGCGCGCCGACUCCUACGUAAACGCGACCCAGAUUCUCAAAGUAGCUGGCGUAGACAAAGGCCGACGGACAAAGAUCCUAGAGAAGGAGAUCCUGCCUGGAAAGCACGAAAUCGUCCAAGGUGGCUAUGGAAAGUACCAAGGUACCUGGAUACCGCUAGAGCGUGGACGUGAUAUCGCCCUACAAUAUGGCGUCGCCCCACUCCUCGCUCCUUUGUUUGACUUUGUUCCGAAUACCAACCCAAUGGGCAGUCUACCGCCCUCCCUAGCUAGUGUCCCAGGUCUCGCACCACCACCCAUCAUGCCCGGUUCCGCGCUCCGUUUACUCAACCAGGGUAGAGCUCAGGGAUUAUUCACCCCUUCUACAUCCACUGGUUAUCCUCCUGGUUUUCCCUCCAUCGGUCCAGUCUCCCCGACGCCCCCACCUCUCGUGCACCCUUCGCUGAAGCGAAACCACUCUCAACUAGACCUAGACCACCCAAUGCCCCCUGCAUUGACACCCCAGACCGCCCCUCCAACACUGGCAGCAUCUCCUGACAUCCAGAUGCUGGACCGCUCGCGCCCCGCUUCCACCGCCCCACAAGCAGGUGGCGGGCCGUCGCCAAGCAAGCGAGCGCGCACAGAACCGCCCGUCCUCCCAGACGCGACGGGACGCGUUUCUCCCGCUGCUGUCCCCCUACAACCCCACGCGACUAUGCCGCCACCAGCUUUUACAAGCACCGGCCAUCGGCCCAGUCCUUCUGCCGUGAACGGCCUUUCACGGCCACCUAGCUCGCAAUCAGUCGUUGCCAAUGGCAAAGCUCCCGAGAUGAAACCUGAGCCGCAGCCACAACAGUACACCAUCCGCUUCGCCUCCAAACCCUCCAUCCCGCGCACAAUGGAUCACCACGCGCCUGCACGCGACACGCGACGCGCCGCGAUCGUACAAGCGAUAUGUGCGCGCGACGAUCCGAAACCCGUGCUUGACAUGAUACGGGAAAUUCCGCCAGACAUCCCUGCACUCGCCACGGACGUCGAUUUGGUGCUGGAUGAGCAGGGCCACACUGCGCUGCACAUCGCCGCGAGCACAGGCCGACAUUCUAUCGUGGAGGCCCUCCUUGCGGCCGGGGCCGACGUCCACCGGGGGAACUUCAACGGGGAAACGGCGCUCAUGCGCGCGUGUCUCGCGACGCACUGUUUUGACACGCAGUCGUUCCACACCCUCGUCGCGGCGUUGCAUGCGAGCAUCCGCACGCUCGACACGGCACGUCGGAGCGUGUUCCACCAUAUCGUCGCGACGGCGGGUGUGAAGGGCCGUGCGGUUGCGGCGCGGUACUACCUAGACCAGGUCAACCUGUGGAUCGUCAACCACGAGCGGGCGGACUUCAGGUCAAUCAUUGACAUCCAGGACGAGCAUGGGGACACUGCGUUGAACAUCGCGGCGCGCGUGGGGAACCGCAGCCUUGUGAGGGUGCUUCUGGAUGCUGGCGCCAAUAAGCUGCUGGCCAACAAACUUGGGCUCCGGCCUGGGGAUUUUGGGGUCGAGACCGAGGAACUUGGUGGCAGCGCACGAUCAGAGGACAUCCUGUCAUCACUACGCUCCGUCCCCUCAGUGCCCAUCCAGAAGAGCCAGGAUGUCAUAGCCGAUAUUACCAGCAUGAUCCAUGGGCUCGGCAAUGACUUCGCCUCCGAGGUCAAGUCCAAGCAGGACGCGCUCGACGUCACGCAGGUCCACCUCCGCGCCGCCACACGCGAGCUCUCCGAGCAGCGCAGGCAGAUCCAGCACUGGCAGGCGCGCUGUGGGGAGCUCGACCAGACGACGCAGCGCGUGCGCAAUCUGGAGCGGGCGUUGAACGACGAGGACGCGUUCGACUGGACGGGGCGGACGGAGCUUGACGGGGCGGACGCGGGCCCGAGUGCAGGGCCGGCGUUCCAGGCUCGUGGGCAGGGCGCCACGGCGAUGGCGGGCGUGGGUGGCGCGGGAGACGUGCCGGCGAACUUGGACGUGGACCCGACGGUGCCGCUGGGGGACUCGGCGGCGACACUAGUGCGGCUGAGGAGGCUGAAGAUGUGGUAUUCGCGGGUGGAGCAGUUGAUGGAGACGCGGAUGCGGUCGCUGCAGGGCGCGAGCGCGGAGAAGGAGUUCCAGUGCAAGAAGAUCGUCGCGUUGUGCACGGGCGUGCCGAUUGACAGGGUCGAGGAGUUGCUCGAGAACUUGGUCGUCGCGAUGGAGAGCGAGGCGCAGGUCAUCGAUAUCAGCCGGGUGUCUGGGUUUAUGCAGAAGGUGCGGAACGGUGUUAUAUAGUCAUAUGGGGUUCUCUCGGGUGUGGGUGAUGAUUAUGGUUAUGGAUCACCCUUCUGCUCUCUCCUUCUCGUGUGCAUGUAUGAAUGGUGCAGGCUUGGACUCUGUCGUCUUCGCUGUCGUAACGUUUAUUAUUCCG